GCUAAAUAGAUUAAUACAGUAUCCCCUCUAAAAAAGAGAGAUUAAUACAGUAGAUUUAUCUAAUGUACUUACUUAUCUUAAAUCGUUAUUAUUUCCUCCCUCUCCUCCUUUCUUCUCACAGGUCACUUUCUCCCGUCACCGAUUUCCGGCCAUUCUCUCACUCUCACUCUCCGGCGAUUUUCUCUCUCCUUUUCUCAAAUUCUACAGUCAAAUUCCUUCCUUUAUCUUCUUUGCAAUUCCCAAAUCAUUUUCUCUCUUCACAAAAAUCCCCAUUUCCCCAAUUCUCUUCCCAUAUAAACCCUAGAUCUGAUUUUGCAUGACUGAUUGGCCUGAGGCCAAAUCACCUUCUUCGAUCCAAAUUCCUUUUCGAAUCAAUGGAUCUUCAAAUGGGUUUAGCUCUAUGUUGUUGUAAUUCGCUGUAAAUUAUACUCCACCCCUUUGUUUUUUCAUUGUAAUUGUAAUUUAAUCUCAAUCUCGAAUUGAAUUGUUGAAAAUGGACGGUGUUUCGGGUCCAGGCACGCAAUCUCAACCUUCAUUCGAUAAAUCAAGGGUUUUAGAUGUGAAACCCUUGAGAACUUUGGUACCCAUGUUUCCGAACCCACCUCAAGCUCCCCCUUUUGUGUGUUCAUCCCCUUUUGGUCCUUUCCCAUCUGGGUUUACCCCCUUUUACCCGUUUAGCAUGGGUCCACCCGGUAGUCAGACCGCGGGCGAGGCGAGGAACCAGGAUGGUGCUGCUGGUUAUGCCACCCCUGCUGCCGCGGUGCCGUUGAGGUCAUUUGGGACUCCUCAAAUGGGUGCGCAUUUUUCGAAUGGUGAUACGGGUUCUUCUAUGGAAGCUUCGAGGGAUAUAAAUUUCGGAGAUGGCGGUGUUGGUACCGCGUCUGGGAGCAAGAAACGGGCAGCUAGUACUAAGGGUCUGUCCCCUGCUGAGGCGGCUGCUCAGAGGAAGGCAAGAAAGAUUGCGAAUGCUGCUGCUUCUGGUGAUAUUCGGAAGCCGAAUUUGGCGAAUGUGGUGGGUUUGCCUCAAGUGCAGAGGGAGGAUGGUAAUAGGGAAGUUGUUAAUUAUGUUAUUAUGAAGUUUGAUGGUGUUCGGAGGCGGUUAAGCCAGCUUGAGGAUUCGAAGGAGGCGUCAACGGGGUUGAUUAAGCGUGCUGAUUUGAAAGCUGGUAACAUUUUGAUGACUGCUGGGUUUCGGACUAAUAGUAGGAAGAGAAUUGGUGCUGUUCCUGGGCUUGAUAUUGGUGACAUUUUCUUUUUUCGAAUGGAACUUUGUGUUGUGGGAUUGCAUGCGCCUUCGAUGGCUGGUAUUGAUUACAUGACUGUUAAGACUGAUGCUGAAGAUGAGCCACUUGCUGUUAGCAUUGUGUCAUCGGGCGGGUACGACGAUGAUGCUGAAGAUCAGGAUGUUUUGGUUUACACAGGUCAAGGUGGUGGAAAUUACAAUAACAGUGGUAAAGCAGCCUCUGAUCAGAAGCUAGAAAGGGGGAAUCUUGCUUUGGAGAAAAGUUCUCGACGAGGGAAUCAAAUUCGGGUGAUUAGAGGUAUCAGGGAUACUUCGAAUCCUUCCAUUAAGAUAUAUGUUUAUGAUGGGCUUUAUACUAUUCAAGAGUCCUGGAUUGAGAAGGCGAAAUCGGGUGCUAAUCUUUUCAAGUAUAGGAUGGUCAGGUUACCUGGGCAGUCUCCAGGUUUUGGGGUUUGGCAAUCUAUUUUGAAGUGGAAAGAAAGUGUGUCGUCGAGGCCGGGAUUGAUUCUUCCUGACCUUACUUCAGGUGCUGAAAGUCUGCCUGUAUCGCUUGUUAAUGAUUUCGAUAACGAAAAGGGGCCUCCUUACUUCACCUAUCUACGCUCAGUUAAGUAUACAAAGUCCCUUAACUUGUCUGAGCCUACUUAUGGGUGUAAUUGCCAUAGUGCUUGUGCUGCAGGUGAUCUUAACUGCUCUUGUAUUCGUAAGAAUGGCGGUGAUUUCCCGUAUACUACGAAUGGGGUGUUUGUGAGCAGGAAACCACUUGUUUAUGAGUGUGGACCGUCGUGUCCAUGCUUUCCUAAUUGCAAGAACAGAGUGUCACAGAGUGGUUUAAAGGUUCGACUGGAAGUCUUUAAGACUAAGGAUAAAGGUUGGGGCUUGCGCUCUUGGGAUGCUAUUCGAUCGGGGACUUUCAUUUGUGAAUAUGCUGGUGAAGUGAUUGACAAAACCAAGUAUGAUAGAGAUGAAAGUAGCGAUGGUGGUGACUAUGUUUUCGAUACUAGUCGUGAAUUCGAUAAAUCAUUUAAGUGGAACUAUGAUCCUCCGUUGGUGGGAGAGGAUACAGCUGAAUUGAGUGAGGAUUAUGACAUUCCUACUCCAUUGAUCAUUAGUGCCAAAGAUUCUGGGAAUGUUUCUCGCUUUAUGAACCACAGCUGUUCUCCUACUGUUUUCUGGCAGCCUAUUGUGUAUGAGCAGAAUGGGGAGUCCCAAAUUCAUAUUGCAUUCUAUGCGAUGCGACACAUUCCUCCCAUGACUGAGCUCACUUAUGAUUAUGGUAUAUCUCAGUCCGAAAGUAGGAGGAAGCGGUGCUAUUGUGGCUCACCAAAAUGCAAAGGCUAUUUCGGUUGACACUUCUUAUGGUGUUAACUGCAGGUUAGCUAUCUUUGGAAGCAGCUCCGCCCGUUGGGAUGUAAUUAUCUGCUGUGACAGAGGUUCAGUUUUGUCAUCAUCAAAUGCUUUGUGCUGCCGAUAUUCUCAAUGUGCUUCCUGACUUCUAUCUUCUUUCCUGCUCAGAGUAGUUUAGUUUGUAGUAUCGUAGCUUUUGAAGCUCUUGUUGAAGAUAUGUAUAUCAUUAUGUUAGUUUAUGUAAUGUAGCUGUAGCUGUAGUUUGUUGGUGCCGGUAGCCCAUAUUCUGGCAACCUAUUAGCUUUCUGCCCAUAUUUGGUUGUCAUCUUAGCUGAACUUUUUUCCUGUACUGUAAAUGUGUCCUUGGUGGAUGGGCGUCUGGGAUUUUAUGAUAUAUGCAGUGUUUUGACUUUGUUUUCAA